GUGCUGUCGUCACCGGUCAGCUCCAACCAGCAGCCCCCUGAAGUGGGCUCCACACCGGAGGGCUCAACAGUUGAACUGUCGACGAGCUGCAGGAGAGGAGGACUCGGUCCGAGGCAGACUGCUGCCGAAGAUGUGAAGAUAAACACGGCGUUAUCUCCACAGCAGCUCCUUCACACGUCUCACCGGGGACGAGUCGUCUCCAGUAGAUGCACUUUGCAGCUCUGCUACACCCCACAUAUUUUAAUUUUUUUUCUGUUUUUCUUUUUGAUUUUUUCGCAUUUGUGAGCGAUCGCUAUGGCACUUCAGUUCACAUCCGGGCCACAAUGCCUUGACUCCAUUAUUGUCUAAAACUGGCGGAGAGGUUGAUAAACCUUUAUUUUUUAUUUCUACACCUGAACGAGACAUCUUUCUAACGAGCAGUGAAGGCUGGGACCGAGAGGACAUGUCUAACCAAGGAGUCCGGCGGAAUGGCCCCGUGAAGCUGCGACUAACAGUCCUCUGCGCCAAAAACCUGGUGAAGAAGGACUUCUUCCGCCUCCCUGAUCCCUUCGCCAAGGUUGUAGUGGACGGUUCAGGGCAAUGCCACUCUACAGACACUGUGAGGAACACACUCGACCCCAAGUGGAAUCAACACUACGACCUAUACAUCGGAAAGUCAGAUUCCAUCACCAUCAGCGUGUGGAAUCACAAGAAAAUUCAUAAGAAGCAAGGGGCUGGGUUCCUGGGCUGUGUCCGCCUUCUGUCCAACGCUAUCAACCGCCUUAAAGACACAGGCUGUAAGUACCAGAGACUAGACUUGAACAAGCUGAGUCCCAACGAUAGCGACACAGUCAGAGGCCAGAUAGUGGUGAGCCUGCAGUCGAGGGACCGGAUAGGCACAGGAGGCCCUGUGGUGGACUGCAGUCGGCUGUUUGACAACGAUCUCCCAGAUGGCUGGGAGGAGAGGAGGACGGCGUCUGGACGAAUCCAGUACUUGAACCACAUCACACGCACCACACAGUGGGAGAGGCCUACCAGGCCUGCGUCAGAGUACUCCAGCCCUGGCCGGCCUCUCAGCUGCAUCGUGGACGAGAACACGCCCAUCAGCACGAACGGGGCCACGCCCACCACAGCGUUGCCGCCUAUCGACGGCGACCAGCGCGCCCAAGAGAGACGGGUCCGCUCCCAGAGGCACCGCAACUACAUGAGCAGAACUCACCUGCACACACCUCCAGACCUCCCUGAGGGAUAUGAGCAGAGGACCACACAGCAAGGCCAGGUGUACUUCCUCCACACUCAGACGGGUGUCAGCACGUGGCAUGACCCCAGAGUACCGAGAGAUCUGAGUAAUGUGAACUGUGAGGAGCUGGGUCCUCUGCCUCCUGGAUGGGAGAUUCGGAACACUGCAACCGGGAGGGUUUACUUUGUUGACCACAACAACCGAACCACACAGUUCACAGACCCACGCCUCUCCGCUAACCUGCAUCUAGUCCUAAAUCCAAGCCCAAGCCCGAAUGGUUCUCGAGGAGGCAUCGAAAGUCAGAAUGUCAGUCGUCAGAACCAAUUGAAGGAUCAGGCCCAGCAGGCUCUGGUGUCCCCUGGUCAGCUCCCAGAGGAGGCCGAGUGCCUCACGGUGCCCAAGUACAAGAGAGACCUUGUUCAGAAGCUCAAGAUCCUCCGCCAGGAACUGUCCCAGCAGCAGCCACAGGCCGGCCACUGCCGCAUCGAGGUGUCCCGCGAGGAGAUCUUCGAGGAGUCGUAUCGCCAGGUGAUGAAGAUGAGGCCGAAGGACCUGUGGAAAAGGCUAAUGGUGAAGUUCAGAGGAGAGGAGGGCCUCGAUUAUGGAGGAGUGGCCAGGGAGUGGCUCUAUCUGCUGUCACAUGAGAUGCUGAACCCGUACUACGGCCUGUUCCAGUACUCCCGUGAUGACAUCUACACGCUGCAGAUAAACCCGGACUCUGCGGUCAACCCUGAGCACUUGUCAUACUUUCACUUUGUGGGCCGUAUCAUGGGGAUGGCAGUGUUCCACGGCCAUUACAUAGACGGAGGCUUCACUCUGCCCUUCUACAAACAGCUGCUGGGUAAACCCAUCACCCUGGAAGACAUGGAGUCUGUCGACCCCGACCUGCACAACAGCCUCGUGUGGAUCCUCGACAAUGACAUCACAGGUGUGCUGGACCACACCUUCUGCGUAGAACACAACGCCUAUGGAGAGAUCAUCCAGCACGAGCUCAAGCCCAACGGUAAGAGCAUCCCCGUCACACAGGACACCAAGAAAGAGUACGUGCGGCUCUACGUCAACUGGCGUUUCCUGCGAGGCAUCGAGGCCCAGUUCCUCGCUCUGCAGAAGGGCUUCAAUGAGGUCAUCCCCCAGCACCUGCUGAAGGCUUUCGAUGAGAAGGAGCUGGAGCUGAUUGUAUGCGGCCUGGGUAAAAUCGACAUCAAUGACUGGAAGUCCAACACGCGGCUCAAACACUGCACUCCAGACAGCAACAUCGUCAAAUGGUUCUGGAAAGCUGUGGAGUCGUUCGACGAGGAGCGCAGAGCGCGGCUGCUGCAGUUUGUCACCGGCUCCUCCAGAGUUCCCCUGCAAGGAUUCAAGGCUCUCCAAGGUGCUGCCGGCCCACGGCUCUUCACCAUCCACCAGAUUGAUGCCAGCACCAACAACCUGCCCAAAGCCCACACCUGUUUUAACCGGAUUGACAUUCCUCCCUACGAGCACUACGACAAACUGUACGACAAGCUGCUCACCGCCAUCGAGGAGACGUGUGGCUUUGCUGUGGAGUGAGUCACUGCUGCAGGCAGAGUUCCGCGACAACCAGAAGCAACAUGGUUUGGCCAUGAUGAGCCUCCCCCCUGCAAAUCAACCCACUCAGACGGGGGUCAUCCACGGUUGCUUCACCCAGGGACGCCCAUACUUCCCGGGGACAUGUGGCCAAGCUAAAGGACGGUGGGCAAAGAAGACCAGACAAUGUCAUCUGACUCUGGGUGUUUUUUUUUUUAGACCCUCCAGCCCUCCUUUAUGUCUUUUUUUAUCAUUGAAAAGGAUCUCUUCAGCUGCUAAUAACUCAGACUAUUUACUAACUUGUGGAACCUGCAGAAGUUGCUGGCUCUUCCCUUUUUUUCUAAGUUCAUUUUAGCAUUUUAAAAAAUAGACUGUAUUCCAUGUAGCAAUGCUCCAUCUUACCAAGCAGAACACAAGGUCAGUCCACUCUGAAACCACAUUAACAAGACUGGUUUGUUUGCUAGAGCACAGGGUUAUUAAUGGUUACCGCAACCACUCGGAAACACUAAAUUUGGAUGCAGAGUGUGCAUGACUCGGGCUGUUUGGUGCCUCUGAGCGAUCACAUUUGGGCUAUCGGUAAUGCCAAGGCUGGAAAUCGGGGAUGUGUGCGGAGGAGAUGGCGAGACUAGAGACUGAAUUAGGCCGAGCCCAACUGUUUACAACCCUCUCCAAAGACGGCAGCAGGGACCUCUGCUCCCGAGGCGCUGCCCAGCAAGUAGCGCUGCAUCCCCACAAACCUGUUCCACACGUCUGACAGCUAGUUUUGUUUGAAAAUGAAUGAAAUGUGUUAUUUUUAUAUAACAGGGAAAAUCGAAAAAGAAACAAUAAAAUUCUAUAUAAUAUAUAUAAUUUAUUGCUGUUAUAUUUCAGAAACCCCUAUCCAUUGUUUCAGAAACACAAGAUCUUUUAAAUGUUAAGUGUUACUGUUUAAAUUAUAGAAGACAAUUUGUGAAAACAGAACUAAGCUUGACUGAAUUUCACUUACGAAUGCUGUGGUUUAUUUCCUGACAUGAUCUCUCUCACACUGUACGAGGAGAGGAAUGUCUCAAAGAGCAAAAAAAUCUCAAACACACAAUGUCCUCUGAGUGCCAUAAUCAUUUUUGAAUGAAUGACUCUUUGCUAAUAUCGAGCGGACCCUUUAAAUUCUACUGAUUUCAUCCUGGAGCUACACGUGGUGGCGUCUCCCGACCCUUUUUAUAACACGUUGUCAUUUGUAGCUGGGCUAUAUUAAUGUCACUAGCUUGAAACCGACCAUUGAUUUCUGAUGGUAUUCUGUUGAGAAGAGUCCAAAGUCCAUCUUUAUUGUGAUGCCUCCACAUUGUUGUUGUUGAAAAAAGAAAAAACCUCGACUACCUUCUAGCCAUGUGGUGCUAAAAUAGCAUUAACGUUUGUCUUAUAUUGGCAACCUUACUCAUUGACAUACUACUGCUUAAAGUGCACACUACACGACUCAUGCUCGUACCUGUCUGUGGCCACAAAAUGUUUCCAAGUGAUCAAUAGCUCUGGCUAGCCACAUUCUCAGGAGAUGUCAUAUGUAGUUUGUAACGUCCUUUGAUUUGACGACUGAUGAGAAACGAAUUCUGAACGCUUGUUUUGAUUUCCUGAAUGUUUAAGUUUGGUAUUUUUCCACCUGGACAAUAUUUUCCUGUGCUUUUGUGUGUGAGA